AUGCUCUAAAGAAAUCAAAAUACUAAAAUUAUCCAAGAUGAUUAAGAUGAGGAUCUUGAUUUAAAAUAUGCAAUCGUACAUAAACUCUUAUUAAAAGUGAUUUAGGAAUUGGAGAAAAUUUAAAAGUUUCAUUUCUUAGUUUGCAAAAAACUCAUGAUAUUUUCAAUGGUUUUAAUGUUUUUUCAAAGUGUUUAUGCCUUUUACUGGGCAGCUCAUUGGUCCUAAUCAAGUAAUAUGCUUUAUGCAUUAUAUGAAGCUUUUAUUGAACGUUUUUAAUUUUCAAAAAUAUUACACUCAUAUCAAAGACAUGAGUCCAACACACCCACUUUCAAGUUUGAAUUCGUUCAUUACUCUUGCGUUUUACUGUUGCUUACUGGUUAUCCAGUUAGCGAUUUUAUGUAAUGCUUGAUAACAUUUCUUGCUAUCAGAUCAGUCAAGAUGAGAAAGUAAUAGCUUAGAGAUAGAAAAGAUUUUGAAGAAUUUAAAGAUGACCUCGAACAUAAAUUAAAGGAUAUUAUGUACUUGCCAGUAGAAUAUGAAAGUGAUAUACCAGAGGAUGAUGAUGAUCUUUGA